AUGUUCGCCGCCCGUAUCCAGCGCAGGGCCUUCUCUGCCUCUGCCCGCAACCUCUCCAAGGUCGCCGUCCUCGGUGCUGCCGGUGGCAUUGGCCAGCCCCUCUCUCUCCUGCUCAAGCUCAACACCCGUGUCACCGAGCUUGCUCUGUACGAUAUCCGUGGCGGACCCGGUGUCGCUGCCGACAUCUCCCACGUCAACACCAAGUCCCUCGUCAAGGGCUAUGAGGCCACCCCCAGCGGCCUCGCCGCCGCCCUCAAGGGCUCCGACAUCGUCCUGAUCCCCGCCGGUGUCCCCCGCAAGCCCGGCAUGACCCGUGACGACCUCUUCAACACCAACGCCUCCAUCGUCCGCGACCUGGCCAAGGCUGUUGCCGAGUCCGCCCCCGAGGCCAAGCUGCUCAUCAUCUCCAACCCCGUCAACUCCACCGUCCCCAUCUGCGCCGAGGUCUUCAAGGCCCGCGGCGUCUACGACCCCAAGAAGCUCUUUGGCGUCACCACCCUCGAUGUCGUCCGUGCUAGCCGCUUCGUCUCCGAGAUCAAGGGCACCGACCCCAAGGACGAGAACAUCACCGUCGUCGGCGGCCACUCCGGCGUCACCAUCGUCCCCCUCUUCAGCCAGAGCAACCACCCCGAGCUCUCCUCCAACGCCGAGCUCGUCAACCGCGUCCAGUUCGGCGGAGACGAGGUCGUCAAGGCCAAGGACGGCGCCGGCUCUGCCACUCUCUCCAUGGCCUUCGCCGGUGCCCGCAUGGCCGACUCCCUCCUCCGCGCCGCCGACGGCGAGAAGGGCGUCAUUGAGCCCACCUUUGUCGACUCUCCCCUCUACAAGGACCAGGGCAUCGACUUCUUCAGCAGCAACGUCGAGCUCGGCCCCAACGGUGUUGAGAAGAUCCACCCCAUUGGCAAGAUCGACGCCAACGAGGAGAAGCUCAUCGAGGCCUGCCUGGGCGACCUCAAGAAGAACAUUGCCAAGGGCGUCGCUUUCGUCAACGAGAACCCCGGCAAAUAA